CCGCCCAUGAUCCACACAGUGAGCAGGACAAGCAGCGCCCCGGUGACCAGCGCCCCCGCGAAGCCGGAUCCUCCGCCAGGUGCUCGGCUGCCUCCCGCCGCCGUCGCCGCACCUCGCCCGGCGACACCGACGUGGGCGCCAGCGGCUCGGGCCGCGCCAGCCGGUCCUCAGAGAGCCGAGCCAGUUCGGCCUCCACGUCGGGCUCCGGCGCCUCCAGCAGCGACCGGAAAUGGCUGCACUCCUCCGGGGUCAGCAGCUCGGCCAGGCGGAGCGCCGCGUGAGGACCCAUGGUGUCCAAGGCCCCCGCCGGCCCCAGCGCCCAGCCGCACAGCACCAGGAGAGCCCGCACCGCCAUCGUCCCAACUGCGGCGAUUGUGGGGGGGGGGGCUGGGAACAUUCGGUCUGCGCUGGACCAAGCCCUCUCGCUGUCUCUUCGCUUCUCGAUUAGGUGAGUACCUCCUCGGGUCUCCCAUCUCCACACACACGGGCACCACCUACCUGAACUUGUUUCAUCUCCCCCAAGGAGGCUUGGCCCUGGCUCUUCUGGACCUGCACUCCUGCUGCCCGCUGACUUGUGGGAAGCCCUCCCUGACUUGCUUCGUUCUCUUCAGUGCGUUGAAAGUGCCUUCUCCUCUGCACCGCUGCCCGCGGCACUGCAGCUCUACCUUUUCACUGUCUCCUUCACUAGACUGAGGUACACUGUCCCCACGGACUAGUGCCUAACAGGUGUGAAGUAAAGGCUUGUGGAACCACCGAUGUGUGCAUUCUCAACAUGCAGAGCCUCCCGGUUCAAGGCCACCGCCCCCAUCACCACCCACCCACCCACCCACCCAGAGGCUUCAUUGUGGCGCCCAAGCUCUAACCAGGAAAUUCGUGAGGUCCUGGAUGACUCCUCCAACCUUACCACACACACCCACUGUCCUGCCUUUUUUUUUUUGGUACCGGGUAUCGAACUUGGGUCCGUAAGCUUGCAGGGCAGGGGGCGAACCACUGAGCUAAAUCCCUGGCCCUCUCCUGCCCACUUUAUGCUCUUGUAACAAAUACUGCUGGUGCCGCAUUCUCCGUACCCGGCCAAGCUAUCCCUCCUACUUAAAUCCCUGACACACCCCCACCUCCUCUCAGAACCCUUUCUGGGCAUGCUUGAGAUAACCUCUUCGUCCUCCACCAGGGCACUGAUCUGGAAAUUAGAGGGUUUAAUGUCUUUUCACUGUCUUCUCUGUGUAAGAUAUGUAAAUAUAAAGAUGGAUGGUUUUCUCCA